CCGUCAGUGGUGAGUACUACGAGUCGCGAGUGCGCGUCGUCCAGCGUCGUCCAGUCGUACGCCUCCAGACUCGUCAGGCUCGCGAAGGGACGCGUUGGGACCGCGAGGUCGGAGAGGUUCGGUCGUUCGUGGCCGCGUCCCGGUCGUCGCGGCACCCGCACGUCCCGUCGAGGUCGCGCUCCGACUCGGUUCGUACCUAACCUAUAAACGCUUCCCUGGACUCGAGUACUCCGCGACGCACGGCCGCUCGGCUCGUGCGUGCCACCAGUUGCGCGUUGCGUAACCGCGCGUUUCCCUGCGCUCCGCGGACAGGUUCGACCCCUCGGCCGCGCCGCGUGGUCCCGGGGGGGAUCGGCGUCGAGGAGCCUCCACCACCUGCGAGGACCACUUAUAACAGGGGGUGAUUAAGGGAGGAGGAGAGAGAGGACCGACCGAGGAAGGACGUGCGUCCCGAAGAUGGCGGCCGGAACGUGUCCGAGAGGGUGAUAUCGGUACCGUGAUAAGAAAACAGCAGGAUGGUGCUGGUGGUGAACGGGGUCCUGCAGGAGGAGGUCCCUUCGGACAGCCGGUCCCUGUACGCGGCCCACCCGGUAUACAGCGAGAGCGCCGCCCAGUUACACUCGAUGCCGGCCAAAUUGGUGGGUCCGGUGGGCCUCCUCUACGUACAACAGAGAGAGAUGGCCGCCACUCUGCCUCACGACAAGAACGUCAGCAUCCUGGGCGCCGACGACACCACCACGUGCAUCAUCGUCGUCCUCAGGCACUCCGGAUCGGGCGCGGUGGCGUUGGCGCACCUGGACGGCGCAGGCACGGAGGACGCCGCGACGGCGAUGGUCCAAAGGGUGACGGAGCUGGCCCUCGGGUUCCCGGAGGGACGACUGGAGCUGCAGCUCGUCGGGGGUUAUUCAGACCCCAGAAACUACUCGGAGGAACUGUUCUAUAAUAUCCUCGCCGCCUUUCACAAGCAGCCAGUGGAGAUCGACCUGACCCUGUGCUGCGUCGGGGAGCUCAACACCACCGUCAGGGGCAGCAUCCACUGGCCGGUGAUAUAUGGGAUAGGUCUCAACGUGAAGACGGGGGAGAUCUUCCCCGCGACCUUCCCCGAUAAGGGUCCCGAUCAGGCCCUGAGGAUGGCCAGGCAGCUCACGGGAGGUCAGCAGGUUCUGGACGUCUAUGACUGCACCCUGGGCCUGCUGAGAAUCGGGCCCUUCAACUACGACCCCCUGCGAGGAGUCGACCUGUGGCUGGCCCAGUCCGAUCAGUUCAUCCUGCAGCAUCUCUCCACCUCGCCGGACGUGGAGCUGCCGCACUUCGUGUCCCAGAUACGGGCGACCCUGAAGUACAUCCAGGACAAUCAGUUCCCGGCGGUGACGGUCUUCCGAGACAACAGACCCCGCUACUACCGCCGAGACGAGGCGACCGGGGUCUGGCAACCGAUGCGAUACUAACAUCCGUCCAGGACGAACAUCCAGGAGUCGCCGAAUGUCGCGCUGGCGGGACGCUCGACCCUCUCCACGCGGAAGGGUCGUUUCGAGCCGCCCAUCGGUAACCGGGAGGCCGAGACCCGUCAACCACGGGGAGUUCCGUUGGUCGUUGAACGACCGCAGUCUUUCGGGGAGCGACGAGGGACGACUCUCGAGCCUCGGCGAGAGGCGGUCGCAAUUAGACGUAACGAUCGGUUAUCCGGUGCUAACGAUCGUCGUUGAGUCCCCUAGAGGGGCCUAGGACCUGAGUCUCGGCUGAAAUCGCUCGUAAGAUCGCUCGCUCCAGGCCGAUUUCCUCGUCGACCGAGUCGCGUCGGCGUUCGACCCGCGGCGGUUCCGCACCUCGCUAAUGGCGCCGGUUAAAAGGAAAAAGGCGCGGGCGCGAGCGACCGGGAGGCGCUGUACAUAUUCCUGCAGGUUGUCCGCUGGCUCUCUUGGGCGGAGGAGGUCGGGAAGGUGUAUAAAAAUCGUUUUGACGUCCCCGAGACGCGCCUCGCGACCCCUUCGGGGUCGGGACCGCUGAAGGUUUAAGACACGAUGUGCAAUACGCAGAGUGUAUAUAUAUAUAUGUAUACGUAAUUAACUUUUAAGAGGUGCGGGAUGUUAUCGCGCGGACGUGCCGAAGAGCGUUUCGAUGCGGACCGCCACGAUUACACUUGUCGGUGCCGUUUGGACUCCGGCCUCGGGACGAUAAGGAAUCUCUUCGGUAUCCGCGAUUUCCUCUCCGUCUUUCUUGGAUCCAGGAUGAUCCUCUCCUAGGAGCUCCGCUUGAGUGAGAGAUAUACGACGCGUUACGAUUUUCCCAUUGUUCUAGUGAUAUACGAGCCGAGGUAACAUUUUAUGAUAAUUCCUAAAAAUUGAAGAGAUAUAUAUACAUACAUAUAUAUAUUUUUUGUUUAACUACAUUGUGCGUGUAAAGAAUUAAGAAGGGCCGCGCGACGAGAUCCUUUAAUCCGUUGGGAGAUGCCAGGGCGAUAGGUCUUGUCUCCUUUUCCUGGGACGCAGGAGUUUGUCCAUCCCCAAGGACCUUCCUGGCGCUGCGACUUAGGUGCUAGUGAAUACUAAGUUAAGUUUCGCUCUCUAUUUCUCUCCCGGGACUCAGUUCUCCCUCCGCCACUCCCGAUUUCUCUCUCUCUCGGCUUCUCUGUACGUAGGAGCGUCCUUUUGAUUUUAUACUAUUAUUUGGUGAUAUAUUUAUACAAUAAAUAAUCUUAGAAACGA